AUGAUUUGUGUCAGAACUCCAAGGUUCUCUUUGAUGUUCAAUGGAUCUAUGCAUGGAUUCUUUGAGGCAAAAAGGGGAUUGAGACAAGGAGACCCCAUGUCACCUUUACUGUUUGUCUUGGGUAUGGAAUACUUGUCCAGAAUUAUGAUGAAGAUUGGCUCAAAGCAGGAAUUUAAGUUUCAUGAGAGAUGUGGAGAGCUCAGGCUGAACCAUUUAAGUUUUGCUGAUGAUGUUCUACUUUUCUGUAAUGGGGAUUACAAGAGCAUUUAUUUUAUGCUUCAGGGGCUGAAUCUGUUCUCUCAAACAUCAGGUUUAUUUCCUAACCCUUCAAAGACAUCUGUGUAUUGCAACAACAUGUGUGACACUGAUAUUCAGAGAAUCCUUGAUGCUUCUGGAUUCAAACGGCAUGAAGUUCCUUUUAGGAAGGGUGGUUCUUAUCAACUUAGUAUUGAUGGCUAUUCACUCUUACUGGAGCCAAAUAAUGGUGUUGCCAAAAAAAAAGUUAUCUCAGAAAUUGAGGCUAUUUGCAGGAGCUUCCUUUGGAGUGGUAGCCACCAACUUAAGGGAACUGCUGCUGUAGCUUGGAGGAAUGUUUGCAAAGGAAAAUCAGCAGGAGGUUUGGGUCUCAAACAGGUAACUGAAUGGAAUAUUGCUGCUAUGUUUAAAUAUGUUUGGGCAAUUGCAAAAAAGGAAGAUAAUAUGUGGGUAAAAUGGGUACAUUGUGUGCAUAUAAAAGAUCAAUCUUGGUGGGAAUACAAAGCCAAAACUAAUGAUAGUUGGUAUUGGAGAAAGAUUGUGGAGUUGAAAGAGAGAGUAAAAGAGCUCUAUGAUUCAGAGGAAAGGAAGAAUAUGUACAACAAGUAUGUGAUAACUCAAGGCUAUCUCAAACUCAUUGCUGCAGAAAACAAAGAGCAUUGGCCGAGCAUUGUUUGGAGUCCGCUAAACUUCCCGAAGCAUAGUUUUGUUAUGUGGAUGGCCAUGCUUAACCGACUCAAGACAAAGGACAGGAUAGCUAAAUAUCAUCCUGAAAUUGAUAAGACUUGUCUCUUUUGCAGUAGUGAAGAUGAGACAAUGGAACACUUGUUUUUUUGA